AAGGAGGCAGAGGGGAGAGCGGAGAGCAGGAGCGGAUUACCAAUGCCGGCUCGCUUGAGGACGGAGCGCCGAGCAUCACUGCCCUGUCCAGCGACUCUUUCGUCCAUGCAGCUGUCUCGUCUCCACUCGUCUACUCGAGCCCCGGUCACAGCGAGGGUGCUGCUGCGCGCCUCCUCGGCCCGCCGCCUCCUGCCCUCCUCCCAGGAGCCCAUCAGCCCUCCGACCCUCGAGAGGCGGCGCUCCCUCAUUCCUACGAUCCCUGAGGUCACGGCGCCGGAGAGGCGGGGCUUAUUCAGGAGACGCAACGUCAUGUCGAUGAGCGAUGCAGACAGUGUGUGUCUGAUCUGUCACAACGACUUGAAUCGAGGAACCGGCGGCACGAGAGAGCUGCAGUGUACACACACCUUCCACAAAGAGUGUAUAGAGGAGUGGCUGUGGAGGAAACAGUCGUGUCCCACCUGUCACGUCCAGGUGUCGAUGUCUCAGUCCGCCCACUGGAGCGCCACUCGGGUCAAAAUCCCCUAAAGACCUGCAGUGAGGUCAGAGUGACAUCAUCAAACACCUGAAACCUGACACCUCAGACUGUGACAUCACUGUUCAGGUUUCCUAAAAGUGAAAGCAGGGAGCGUCGGACUGUGACAUCACUAAGCUGGGUCGCCUCGGUCUGUGAUGUCAUUACACUCCUAUAACUCACCUGGAGGAGUGAUGUCAUCAUUAGAGGCUCCUAAAGGCACAGGGGAGGGGACGGAGAUGAACGUGACACCCAUGAAAAUAUAUUGAUGCUUCAGUCUGAAUUUAUAAUGAGAUUUAAAAAGUUGUAAAUAUAAUAGCCGUGUAAAUAUUCAUUAAUGGGCAAU